AUGUUGGCUUUGAGAGGAAUUCCUGUUUGCGUGGCUUGGGCUUCUGAACCAAACAACGAACAGAACUUCUCUUGGCAUUCAACUCAGACUAUCAAGGUCUUCUUGUCAUUGGAUCAACAGCUCUCGUCAGGUGACGCGACGCCCAGCUGCCACACCGCGUCUGCUAUGUCGAAUGCCGGCGAAUCCUCGAAACGGUCGGAUAUCAUCGACAUAACAAAUGGUAACCUGCACGAAAUCUUGACCCAGCAAGAUGGAGUCCAUCUGGAUCAGAUCAAAUCAUAUCUCGAACCACGAAAAGAGCAGCUCAGACGCGUCACGGACGUUUUUGGGAAGCCAUCAGCCGCGUCGAGGAAGAAGAUAGAAAGUGGUUCGGUUCCACUGCCAGAUGGUGAGGUUGUUCAGGUUGAUGACGGGCAAAAGGAGUGCGUCUUCGCCGUCAGCGACAAGUUCCAGAUCGACGAAGUGCAAGCCUGCAUCCUUGUUCGUGCGUUCAUUUUUAGCCAUGGACUGUCUGGAACGUCUAGUGGUUCGCUGGAGGCCAUUGCUGCUGAACUUGCCGAGAAUAUCACGCCGUUCUAUGACGCGGAACGGCUUCACACUUUCCGGGUCCUCAUUCCUCUGUUCUACGUGAUGGGCAACUCAGAUCACCGCUUACACGAAUUCGCCCUUGAGUUCGUUCCCAGGGUCUUGCCUGAUGGCACGAAAUUCGCAGAGGAGAUUGUGGCCGAGUACAUCCGGAAAACGAAGGAGGUGCUGCCAUCGAAGUUAACCGGGGAUCCGAAGAAGGCUUCACAGUGGGCGAAGCAGUCGUUGAAGGAUCAAUUAGUGCUUUUGGAGGUGCUGUUUUGGGCGAUGUUCAAUUACGUUCAGUGCACAGGACCGCUGGUGGUGACAAUCUAUGAGGCUGCAUACGGCACAUGCCUAGGUUCCACGCAAGCAAACAAUACCCUCUUGCUGGAUGAGGAAAGCAGGCAGAUGCAACAAGAUUGUGCUGCAAUUUGGAUUCUCAUCACUACCGAAAUCCUCGAACUGGAAAGUUUGAGCGAUCCACAAUUUUUGGACUUUUCCGAAGAUACGGAUAACUACACAUCAUCCCCUACCUCUCUCCAACGCAUUCACGAGCUCGUGACUACCCACGGAGACAGUCAAUACUGUUGCACCUACUUAGCAUGGACGUAUGUCCUGUCUCGCUUGCACUCGAAGGCUGCAGAAAUCAAGGAGCUUCCACCCUCAUACCAAACCUUCUUCGACGCCAUAUCACAGCGCCAGAAUCGUGAACCACUGCAUGUCCAAAUGGCAAAAACAUGUCUUGAACCAGAAGCUGGGCUGUUCAACCUCCUCGGCAAUCUUCUUACAAACUCCCCUUUGUUCGUUACCGCUGUCUCUUGGAGGACUGGCUCAUCUAUAUCAGAUCCCAAUGCAGUCGCGUUCCGCUCUGUCUUGAAGGGAUUCAUCAUGGCGAUUGUGGAGCUUGUCCCCGUUGAACUUAUUCCAGAAUUUGACGCGUUAGUCGAAGUGUGGAUAGCACUCUUCGGCAGGAGUGAGAGUUCCUCGGUUUCAGGCAUAUGUCGGCAAUUCUGGGAAGCAGACUUUCGUACCGGAAUUGCUCGAAGAGCCAUCCUCGACGUUGCACGACAAAGGUUUCCCAUACAAGUCAAGCCUCUCACCCGCCUUCUCCGUGCCAUGACGGGAUCUGGGUUCCUCGAUACAGACUCGCUAUCCACUGCGGACUCUUCUCACGAGGGCGAGGGUCUCAGCGAAGAACGCAAGGACUGUGAUACUUGCGUUUUCCACUACCUGUACAAGCUGCCUACGUUUUCUCAGGUCUUGCCUCUCAGUGCCUGCACUGGCGCACAUGCCAUCUAUGAAAGGCAGCCCGAGCGAUAUGGUUCCUCUAAAACAAACUCUGGUCCUACGUACCUCAAUCUCCGGCCCAUCAGACUUCCUGGUGGAUCCGUCCUUCCAGCGAAGUCAACAGGGAAAGUGCUGAGUGGAGAUGGGGCCGACCAUGUUGUCGUUUGCUGGCAGCAUGAGCACUCUGGUUGGAAGGUCAUUCUGGAAAUAUUGACGGACUAUGUAAAUCGGAAGAGGAUGGACUAUGGCUCCGGAGGGACUUACCGGGAUGUUUCUUUUGGUCGACGGGGAAGUGCACAAAUAAUGACCUUACAGAUCGGAGACAUUGGAAUGGAGAGGGACAGUCAUGGAGACGAGGACAUGAUUACUGACGUGCUAGAUCUUGUGCGGAGCGUCAUCCGAGAUAACCCUCAACAAGCUGCAGAGCUCAUGUUCUCUUUGGAGGAUGGGGAACCUGUGGUAGCCCAUACCAUGACCGAGUCACAACCACCUGACCUAGUCCAGCUUACGACUAUGAUUUUGGAGGAAGCUCUAUCGCGUUCAAAUGGGGGUGCUAAGUCGCCUUCGCGCAUAAAACUCAUCACAUCCGCAAUAAGCGUCCUUUCUGCCCUCCUUGCCAUUCCAAACUACUCCGGUCGCGUCUGGCUAUAUAUCCGCUCUACAACGACGUUAUUCGGGUCAGAUAAAGUGCAUGGGUUUGCCUCCGCUGCGUUGACAACAGAGCGCGCAACCGGGCAAUACACGAUGACUCUCGCGCUACUUCACCUGGUGCAGCAACUCUUUCGUGAGGCGUCAACUUCCAUCGUCCCAGAUAAUGUUCGACUUCAACAAGUGAAGGAGGAAGUUCUGCUUCGUGCUGCUCGAUUUGUGCACAUCGAGAUAUGGAUAGAACACCUGGGCUGGAAAUAUAACCAGCUAGGAGACCGCUUCGAGAUUGGAAAACGUGUAACUUCGUUUUACCUUGAAGUCCUAGAGCAUGCUCCACCUUUGCUCGAGGAAAGACCGUUUGCAACUUUGAGCCAGUCGGUUGCAGAUGCUCUCCUCUUCAAAGCUACGACGUCGACGAUUAACCCUCUGGUCUCAUCUGUAAGCUCUGGGGCACAUGUCCUCCGAAUGCUGGCCGCGGCUCGACGCCAGGGUGACAUCAGCCGUUUGGUUCUUCUCCUUGCAUACCACCUCCGUCUCUGCCGUUUGAUACUCACCUACAAGUUGAGAACUGACAUGGCAUCCAAGCCAUGUCUUCUGGAACAAGCUCUCUGUGCUCGUGUUACUAGCGGACCAACUACGGAGCAAGGCCAAAUGAAGCAUGACCCAAUCAACGUCUUGGCCAGCUACGUCAGCGAUCGUACAGUACAUACAAUACUGCCAGUGGAAGCAAUACGACUCCUGACUGCUCUCGGUGCAUCUCUUUCCUGUGCUUCCCCGUCUCCCCCUACAAUCGUUGGCCAUCUUUCAAACCCCGAAACCACUGUCGCUCUGUUUGUCCGUAUUAUUUCACAUCCAUACGACGAACUUGCCCUCCGCAAUGGGAUUUGGAACUUUAUUUCCCUGGCUGUGGACAAAGAACCGGCCCUUUCCGGUCUCUUCGUCACGGGAAAGUUUCGUGCUCCUUCUGAUGUGAAGGCUUUGGAGGCGAAAGGUGACGACAAGAAGGCCGGAGAUGAGGAGAUGUACGCCCCUACAAGUGCUCUUGAAGCCGCUCGGGAUAUGCUAUUGACCUGGAGAGAGCUGUGGGAAGCCAACCCGCAGCUCCUAGCAUCCGUCUUUCGCUUUCUCAAUGUUGUUUGGGAGCAUGCCUUUGAGCAUAUGGCUGUUCUUCAACCACUGCGGAGUGAUGCAGAUUUCUGGGAUCAAAUUGUGUCUGCUGCAUGCACAGAGGUUGGACCUGCUCCCGACUAUGAGAUAAUCGAAUCCACAGUUUUUGAUGAGGCGGCGCGUUCAAAUCACCAUGAAGCGAUUGCAAUGCAUGCGUAUCGCACCCUUGUCAGGUCAUUUGCACUCCGCAUUGUUAGUCUCGAUAUCGGCAUACAUAUCCAGUUGAAUGGAUCCGAACCUUCUACCAAAAAGCCCGAAAGCUACCUUCGGAUUCUUCCUCAAUUAAAAUCUCAAGACGAGCUCACUGAGCUUCUUGCGGAGGCUUCCCCAAGUUCAUUCGCCCCCCAGCUCCACGAUUCUAUCAUAGAGCACAUGAAGAGACAUUUCCCUGGACUUACCCUCCAACAACUGGAAUUGCAGGAGCCUGUGACUGAACGCGAAUACGGCGAUAGCUUUGUAUUCAGUCCGACUCUGCUGAGAAGUCGACUACACGCUUAUCCGCGCGACGAUGGCAUGGACGAGCCUGCUGACGUGGUAGAAAAGGAACUGUUGUCUAUUAACCUGAACCUCUCGCUGGCGCAUUCGCAGACGGCUCUGGCUGAAGCUUGGGAGACGUUACUUCGUCGGGUCACUGCAUACCUUCGAAGCGAUGAUACAGUCAGGCCCAUCCUGUUAUCAAUAGCUGCAACCCUAUCAUACGACAUUGCAGCGGAGCAGAGGUCAGGAGAUAUGAUGGCAACUAUACAUGGGACAAGAUUAUCGCUCUUACUUUCGAUACUAGAACUUGCCUGGUUCUCUUCGACAGACAAAGCCAAAGAAGUUCAAUCGUUCUUGGAGGUAGUCCAAAACUUGCGGGGCAUCAUAACGAACGAGGCCCAAUCACCAGCGAGAUCGUUCCUUGGGCAAUUUCCUAUUCCUUUUCACCGAGCCCUUUUACAGAUAAUAUACUUCGUUACAAAGCAAUCUCGAAGCCUGAUAGGGAGGCCGAAGGUCGUCAAUGGAACGCAACGUGUAAACGUUACGAUAACCGUAGAAGCGACUCUAACCAUGGUAAUCGACGCUCUUCGUGUGGUUUUCAUUGCGGCCAGAAGCAGAAAGGAUGUUGACCUUGAUAGGGAUAUGGAACUGCUCGUCUCUGUCUUUGAGCAAUGCACCCGAGCAGAUCUUACCUCGUCGUCGGCGUUCUGGCUUGCAAGGUGCCAAGAAACUGAUGUAAUUCGCGCUAGCUUAGACUUGUACGUUCACAUAGACCUUGUCGGUCUCUUGGAUCUCCCUCUCCUUUUAUCACGCAAACAACCACUCUACUCCCCUCACAUUCUGCUCUUCCACAUGGCCCUUGUUAGCAAUGCCACUGCUGCGGAACGGUUCGCUAGCGAAGGCGUUCUAGCUGCUUAUAGCAACAAUUUCAUCAGCGCCGCAAUCAGCUCUGGGCAGAUAAACGUCACACUUCCAGAAUUGCCGACAGAAAGGAGCCAUGCGCAUGUAGCAUAUUGCGCAAUGAUAUCAGUCGUUGCAGCUGUGAUAUCAGCUCUAGGACGCCAGAACCACUAUUUCGACUCCGAGGCCUGCGGUUUCGUUCAGCUUUACGGGGACCAGAUAUCUCGUGCGCUGUCAUGGACAAUUGGAGACACUAUUACCCUACCACUGGUCGAAGAAAUUGAACAGGUUGUGAACCUCUUCUAUGCUAUCGCUGCCAGUGUCCCAGCAGCAGCCAACGUAAACCCAGCUGUGAACAAGGUUCUUCGGGUGUUCACAACCCACGCUCUCCAGCUUAUCCAACAGUUGAACUACGCCAUUACCCAUCCAAACCAUUUGACGAGCUUGUUUGAGCCCGUAACAAACGAUGAGCGGACACUGUUCGAGAAAGCUCCGCCUUCUGGUGGAGACCCUCUGAAACGCCCUCUGGUAGCGCAUCUCAUACAUCGGCUAUUCAGGCUUUCCAGCAAUAUCAUUGGGACGCUUGUUUGCAUCAGUAGGGCGGACACUGUGCUUUCAACCUCUCAAGAAGAUUGGCCGAUCAGUGAAGCACUCAUUGUUCCUGUACGAUCUGCGCUUGUCAUUGUCAACUUUCAUUCCAAGAUCGUUGUAGGAGAACCCGCCUCCCUCGGGACACUCCUCGAGCUGGGGAAUUGCACCCUCGAUGUACUGCGUGACCUUGUCAACCGACCUGCAGGGCAAAGUAUCAGCAGAACAGCCUCGCUUCCAGGCACAUACUCCACGCCGUUGGACGUGCGACAGGGUGUCAUUACUGCUCGACGGAAUCUUGAAGGAGUUCUCCUGUACUCCGUUACUCAACUUGCGAUGUGGCUGUCCAAACCAGAGUUUGAUACAACCAGCGUAGGGGAUGGAGAGGCUGAAGAACAACGUGUCCAUAAUCAUAAUCACGGCAUGAUGGAUGUUCAAAAAGCCGACGCCCCUAUGGGGGCGAAAGAGCGUCAUCGAGCAGGAGCAGGGCGACCGGGGAUAUCAAUGGCUGAGAGGUUAAGGAGGGGUAUGACGGGGGAGAUGGCAGGGGAUCUGCAAUCGCUUUUGAACAAAUCCAAACCAGUGAUAGCGAAGAGCGCCACAGUACUAGGGAAGGAGCCCGUGGACGUUACACAGAUUUUGCUGAAUUUUCUUCAGGAGCGGAAAAAGUAG